AUGUGUUCCCUGACAUGUUAUCUCGACUGUACCUUGUACAAUGAGGAACGUGAAUAUAACAUCCGUGUUGCUACUUACCUGUGACUAGGUACCUAACACACCUGCACUGUACUCUGCCGGGCUACAUUCGCCAGGGGACAUCACUGGUCAUACUGGUCACAGGUGGCAUACAAGGUGAAGUACUACCCCUUCAAUACUUGUGAGAUUGCAAACGGUCCAUCAGUUGUCAUACCAUCAGUCAUGUCGACCGAGAAAAGCGCUUUUCCUGACAACCCCCCUCCUCCUUAUUCGGAGCCAGGUGCGGCCACGGGGUCUUACCAACAACCACCAAUGAUGACGUUGCCGCAACAACAACAACAACAACAGCAACAGCAAUUCGUCACAGCUGUGACUAUGGCACCUUCCGGGACAGUCCUCAUGUUCCCACGUGAACCGACAUUACUCACGUGUCAGUUCUGCCGGGCGACUGUCACGACGACCGUGGAGAUGGUCAACGGGGAUGCCACACAGCGAGCUGUUCUCAUUCUCUGCCUACUUUUUGGCGUUAUCGGAGCAUUGAUCCCCCUGUGCAUGGACUCCACCAAAGAUGCUGUUCACAAGUGUCCAAACUGCCACGUCGUCGUCGGCAUGAACGCAGGCCAGUUUUGUUAAGACAAGUGCCAACUCAGAAGCAAGUGCAGUUUAUGAUGGCGGAUGAUUGCAUCCACUUACUUACUUUGGGUUUUAACGCGCCCUUUCCGACAUAUAGGUACAGAAUAUACCAUGCUAAUUAGGUGUGUGUUGGUGUUGGGGGUGGGGGGUGGGUGCUGCUUCCUUUGUAACUACGUACCCAAUGAUACCCAAUGAUACAUUUUCAAAGAAUCUUGAUGCAGGGUUGUCGGAAGGAAUUGUUACUAAAAUUAUCAUUUUAUCAAGAAUAAUAUAUUCAAAUAUCGUGUUAUUUUAGUUGAAGCUUCCACCAUAUUUACUUAAAAUUAUAAGAACCAUAUGCUUAGCACUUUGGUACAGAUUGUAUGCAGGAUAUUUUUGGACGUAUGGUACGAUUUUGACCGGUCACCGUAGGGACUUUCCGCGCUACAUGUAUUUCGAUUGCAAAACGUAAUGUUGACAUUUAAUAGUCAAACUAGCUCAAAUAUGACUUUUGGCGAGUCGUGGUACGGCAUUUAUGAUAUGUGUAUCCAUUCUCUUGCAACUUAA